GUUCGCCGGGCAUGGGCAGGGAGCGUGAUAAAAUAUGUGUUUUUCUACGCCAUUCAUUGUAUACUUUGCAUGCUAGCUUUUACGUUUGAUUUUUGCAGUACAUGUAAUUGCUGACACUGAGAACAUGUAUGUACCGUCGCUAACCACGAUUCUGUUGGGCCUGGGGAUGGCGUAUGUCGGCCACUCGGUGUGGACCAUGUUCGACCUGUUCUACCCCACACCGUGCGACCCGGCUGUGUCCUCCUGUAUCAAGCCUUUCCUGGCCAGAAACCCAAAACUAGAGCUGAGCAUGUUCACCUCCCCCAGGGGUAAGGGAGCGACCAGCAGUUCUAUGGACCUGGUCUGGAAGUUUGACAACUUCACUGUAGGAGCAACAGAACAAAGAAACUUCAACAUCAGUCUGCCCAAGAAAACACGGAACAACGGGACAUUCUUCGUGCACAUUUUCCUGUACCCGCAGGGCGAGUCGCCAUUCGGCAACGCGCGGUCGGUGUACCAGUUUUCCUCGCUCACUCAGUACAGCAUUCCUGAGGCUGAGAGCUUCAACCUGCUGGGGGACAAGAACAAAACUAACUCCGCCCACCAUCCCGAUGUUCCUGUCACCCAUUGGAAGAGUAAGCUAGCUGUGAACGUCAUGGAAGAGACGCUGCUAUUGGACCGCUACAGUGUACCUGGUGACCUCUACAGUCUCAUCAGGCUCUCUCCAGAAGGAGACUACCUCCCUCUGCUCUACAUUGAUGAACUUGGACAAAGGUUAAAAGACCUGAAGCCUGUGUCAAAGGAAAGUCGACAGAUGACCUUGGAAGUGACCUAUUCCCCCAUCUCCGUGGGUCGUCUGCGUCUCUACACUAACUUACAGCAGUCUAUUCAACACCUACAUACAAUGGGUUUUACAGAAAAGGACACAGAUGAGUUGGUUGGAAUAUUUGCUGACACCAACUUCUACUUCCUGGCAGCCACUGUGGCUGUGUCCAUGUUACAUCUUCUAUUUGACUUCCUGGCAUUUAAAAAUGACAUCAGCUUCUGGAGGAAUAAGGACACAAUGGAGGGACUUUCCACAAGAGCAGUUGUGUGGCGCUGUGUGAGUCAGAUCAUCAUCUUCCUGUACCUGAUGGAUGAACAGACCAGUCUGUUGGUACUGAUACCUACAGGCAUCGGCACUCUUAUAGAGAUCUGGAAGGUCAAAAAGGCCUUCAAGGUUAUCAUAACUUGGAAUGGGAGGAAGCCAUCUUUCCAGUUGGGUGCAGUUUCUGAAAAAGAACAACAAACAGCAGAGUUUGACUCCAAGGCCAUGCAGUAUCUAUCAUAUGUCCUGUACCCCCUGUGUGUUGCUGGUGCAAUCUACUCACUACUAUAUACACCACACAAAAGCUGGUAUUCUUGGGUUGUCCGAAACCUGGUAAAUGGUGUGUACGCUUUUGGGUUCCUGUUUAUGCUGCCACAACUUUUUGUCAACUACAAGUUGAAAUCUGUUGCCCAUCUACCAUGGAGAGCCUUCAUGUACAAGGCCUUCAACACCUUCAUAGACGACAUCUUUGCCUUCAUCAUCACCAUGCCAACCGCUCACAGAAUGGCCUGUUUCCGUGACGAUGUUGUGUUUGGUGUCUACCUGUACCAAAGAUGGCUCUAUCCUGUGGACAAAACUAGGGUGAACGAGUACGGACAGUCCUUCACUGAAGAUGACAAGAAGACAAAUUAAUCACAAAUUUCAGUCUUAAGCAGUAGAAAGAUUAACAGGAACAGGAACAGUAGCGUAGAGAUAAAAUGAUUCAGUGUUACAUAAUAGGAUAGCAAACAGAGAGCUUCAGCACAAGAUAUGCUCCAGAUAUUAAUAACUGCAUGAUUGUAGAGUAGUCUGUUAACAACAUUCCAUGUGAUUGUGAUGGGAGGUGUGCUGAAAUUUCCUAGUUCAAGACAUUGUGAAAUAUCUUUGCAGUUUAUCUACUGGUAUGUAGAAAAAGACUGCAGUGCAGUGCAACAAUAGGCAAUAGGUAUUUUAACCAGUCAUUAUCAGCAAUCGGAAAUAAUUCAACGAUCUUUAUUCUUUCUGCUCAGGAGUAUUCUUUACAUGUUUUGUAUAUAGCGGUACUGUGUGGACUUUACACUCUUGUUUGAAUAGUUUUGCAAAGCAUAUCACUGUGACAUCCAGGUAACGAGAUACACAAGAAAACAGUUACUGAAGCAACUGGAUAAAUUUUGUAAACUGUCAAAUCAGUAUGAUGUUUCUUAUACCAAUCUCAAGCAUUCCAGAGUGUUCAGGGAUGCUUCUCUAAAAUUUCAUGCUAAAUGUAUAUCUUUGUUUCUGUCAUAUAUAGUGAUGAGAUGCUUGACUUUUAUUGUGUGCUAUCCUACUGAAGUCAUGUUCUUAGACAAUGUUUCUUUAUGCAACUGGAUUGAAGAAAUACCGUGGAAUAAUGUUGUACACUAGAUAUAGCUGGCUUGUUGGGAAAAGGGCAGAAUCAAUGUGUUACACUAUGUGGUAAUUGACCAUUUUUGCAAUUUUGAAUUCAAUUUAGAAUGAAACAAAACUUGUGUUAAGCAAUAAUAUCUUCAAUAGCAUCUUGUUUUAGGAAUUAUAUUUCUGAUUUCUUUU